AAACAACUAUCGUAAAUGCACCAGGAGGACCAAGACUUCUAGUAAAUGAAGAAGCAAAAGACUAUUUCUAUUUCAUCAGGUCGUUGACUCUCUCGCUCUCUCUCUCUCUCUCUCUCUUGUUAACAAGGCAACUACUAAAAAUAGUAGUAGAAGUAGAAGAAAAGGAAAAAAAUGUUGAAGCGUGCCUUAGCUCACCAGGGUUUGUCCCGAGGAGGGGAGAGCGACUCGGAUUCGGAGGAUCUCAAUCCUAGACAGCGACGUCGCAUGGAGUCCAAGUUUAUUCCUGGUGCAGCGGUUGCAGCUCUCACCACAGGCGGUAAGAAAAAGAAGAGACAGCACCAGAAAGAACAAAGGGAUGCCGAUGAAGACAGCGACGAUGAAAGCGAUGAUGAAGGACGCGAUGUUAUAGUAGGAGGAGCUUCCGCUACGAGCACGAAAUUUGACGAAGAGGAUUCUGAGUCCGAAGAAGAUGCAGCUGGAGACUCGUCUCGUCUGUUACUAGGUAAUGAAAAUGAAGAUGGAGAAGAUGAUAGUGAAGACGAUAGUUAAGGGUACACCUUUAAGUUGCUUUUCUUACCGCUUUUUAUUCCUCUCUCCCUUAGGAUGAGAAAGGCAUAACAAGCGGGGGAACCCGCGAGCACCAAAAACCUCUAAGGUAGUGAAGACGAUAGUGAAAUAGACGGUGAAGAUGAGUCAGGUAGUUCCGAUUGCGAUGACACUCCCCUUUGGCCUGCUGCUUGUGAUGUUGACACUAGUGCACCACCUGCUAUCAAAGAGAAAAAGCAGAUGCAAUUUCGUUGUGAGCUGUGUCCAGACAAGCGGUUGAAAUGCCAAGCGGAACUCGAUGUUCAUCUGAAGUCGAAGGGCCAUUUGAAGGUGGCUGGGGAGCUUGCGAGAGCCAGCAAAAUGGGCUUGAAGGCUUACCAAGCAGAGUGCACUACGAAAAACGAAGCAAAAGAGCGUGCGGAGGAUCAACGUGCGGCAGGUGAGCUGACUGAUGCGGCGAAGAAACGAGCAGAGAAGAAAGCGGCCUUCCUGCAGAAGCGGAAAGACUUUCGAGAGAAGAAAGCGGAGCGAAAGGCAUCAAAACAGGCGAAGCAGGACGAGCAGAAGAAGGUUAUCAAGAACAUCAAGGGUGAAAAAUCAACACCAGGUGAAAAAACUGAUGGCAAGAAGAAGAAAGGUACCUCCGGUGCUUCAUUGACUGCAGUGAAGACUUCGAGUGCUAAGGAGAAGAAGAAGGGCCAGAAAAAAGAGGAUAUAGAUACUCCGGUCAAGUCUAAAAAACAGCAGAAAAUUGAAGCGAAAAAGGUGAAAUUUGCAGAGAAAAAAGCACGUAGGCUAGAACGCAAGCAGGCACGCAGCCAGGAUGCGAAAGAUGAAAAAGACGAAUAGAAAUUGAGUGGACGAGGGUUCAUCGAAGUCACACUUUGAUAUGUUUGGAUCGCUGUUUUUUCUGAGUCGAGCAACCUUCCCAUGCCGCUCCCCUUCUUCCUCACGUCAUUGCAUUGACACCCUGAAUGAAAAUGGUAUGGGAGGCAAGACCCCCGAUUGUUGUAUCAACUUUGCAUUGAAGACUAAUCGUGAAAGCUACUGAAACAUCCGCCUAAGUACUUAGGCGGG